CUCCAAGAGGACUGGGAUUUUGAUUUCCAUCACCAAGAACAGUGCUUCGUCCAAGGCAGUUCCUCAAUAAAUGAUUACCAAAUGAACGGAUUUGAUCAGCUUUAAGAUAAAAUUUUAUUUUGAGACAAAAUUCAUGCUCAGGUUACAGACGAUUCGUGAAAUGAGUGACUCUGAGGAUGAUGAUGUCCCCCGGCUGUCUUCCCACGCCUUAGCAGCCCUCCAGGAAUUUUAUUCUGAGCAGAAGCAACAGAGUGACCCAGGCGGGGAUGAUAAAUAUAAUAUUGGAAUAAUAGAAGAGAACUGGCAGUUGAGCCAGUUUUGGUACAGCCAGGAAACCGCUUUGCGACUUGCAAAGGAAGCCAUUGCAGCCGCGGGAGACUGUGGCAGAAUAGCCUGUGUGAGUGCCCCCAGUGUUUACCAGAAACUGAGAGAGCUACACAGAGAAGACUUUUCUAUAUACAUCUUUGAAUAUGACAAAAGAUUUGCUAUAUACGGAGAGGAGUUUAUCUUCUAUGAUUACAAUAAUCCAUUGGAUUUACCUGAAAAAAUUGCUGCACACAGUUUUGACAUCGUAAUAGCAGAUCCCCCCUAUCUCUCCGAGGAAUGUCUCAGGAAAACGUCAGAAACCAUCAAGUAUCUGACUCAGGGCAAGAUUCUGCUGUGCACAGCACAAGUGGAAAGUUCUCUCUGUGAACCUUCCCUCCAGAUCUAACUAAGGCUGAUUCUCGGCAACUAGGAAGCUAAAGCUCCAGGAUUCGUGCAGCCCCUGAAGCUUGAGAGCGAAAGACACUUCUUGGUUUGGCUGGGGUGUCACGGAAGAGAAGACAGAUGGACUUUGCAGGAGCAGUUGAUCUUUCAAGGACCAAAUGAGACUUAAUUUAAAUCUCAAUCACGGAAUUAAGAUAAAGUGAAGAUUGUUAGCUUCCUCUGGAAACCAGCCGAGCCCCAAGAGAAACGCACGCGGCCAACGUACCCUUCAUCCACCGUUGCUUUAAUGAUUUCAAAAGAAAUUCUCGCUUUUACAAAUAAUGGUGUUCAACCUACAGAAGAGGCUAUGGAUUUAGCUCACAUCGCAGGGUGUGAAAAAGAGGCCCCCAAUACGGACUUCCGGAAUCGUAAGUAGGCCCGCUUCUCCCAUUCGGCUAGUUCCUGAGGCCCUGAAACUGAGACUUGGAUUCUUGACACGUGGCAGAGACACCACAUUCUACCUCUCGCCUCAUCCCUCCACCUCUUACUUGGCCCCACUUACUUUCAAAGGGAAAACAAAUGUUCAGCUGUAUGAAUCUGCUCCUGAACAAAGUCUGAGAUCCCUGGAACCCCUGGCCUGGGGGCGGCGAGCGGAGCCCCGGGGCUUCCCGGUCCUCCGCGCGGCAGCCUGCGGAGACCUUCAGCGGAAACGGGUCACAUUUAGCCCCGUCCGUUCCGUUGUGGUCAGCGACUGGGGCCUGGCCGAAUCCGGGACGGCCACCGCGCCAUCUAAAAAGUUUAUCUGAAGAUUCCCAUCGUGCUUCUGAAAAAAUCUUGCCAGAGCAAGUGAAAACGAAAUGGUUAGAAAAUACACGUGACGUAAAAAGUUCUUAAUAUAAUUGCUCAAAACUCCUAUAAAAAUAGCUUUUCCUCCGUUGAAAGCAGUGGAAUAAAAAGGUAGGUAUAUAUCCCA